UUGCAUUGGCCAGCUUUACUACUUGUACACUGUCGUACACAGACGUGGGUGGAGCGAAAGGCGACAGAACAGCAAUGUCAAGAAGUUCGCACUGUCGUGUAUGCAGCGUCUUUUAGCAGAAACAACAAACAACAGAUUAAGUAGUGCCGACUAAGAAGCGAGAUUUGGACUCGGACACAGCCAUGGACGCUGUGUAUGAAUGGGGCCUGACCCCGCUCAACCCAGUCCAAGCAGCGAGCCCCUACAUAGAGAUCAUCGAGCAGCCAAAGCAAAGGGGGAUGAGGUUUAGGUAUAAGUGUGAGGGACGUUCAGCCGGCAGCAUCCCCGGAGAAAAGAGCAACGACACCACUAAGACCCACCCAGCCAUCAAGGUGCACAACUACAGUGGCCCCUUACGUGUUCGUAUCUCAUUGGUGACGAAGAACCCACCGCACAAGCCUCACCCCCACGAACUGGUUGGGAAAGACUGCAAACAUGGCUACUACGAGGCGGACCUGCAGGAGAGACGAAUACACAGUUUUCAGAACCUCGGCAUACAGUGUGUCAAGAAGAAGGAUGUGAAUGAUGCAAUCACGUGUCGGCUGCAGACCAAUAAUAACCCCUUCCACAUUCCCGAGGCGAAGGUGUGGGAGGAGGAGUUUGACCUGAACUCGGUUCGACUUUGCUUACAGGCCUCCAUCACUCUGCCUACAGGGGAGCUUUUUCCUAUGGUGCCUGUGGUAUCACAGCCCAUCUUUGACAACAGAGCACCAAACACAGCCGAGCUGAAGAUCUGCAGAGUCAACCGCAACAAUGGAAGCUGCAAAGGAGGGGAUGAAAUCUUUCUUCUGUGUGACAAAGUGCAAAAAGAGGACAUCGAGGUGCGUUUCUUCCAGGACUCCUGGGAGGGAAAGGGCACUUUCUCCCAGGCUGAUGUCCACAGGCAGGUGGCCAUUGUGUUCCGCACACCGCCAUACCACAACACUAACCUCACCGAGCCCAUUAGAGUCAAGAUGCAGCUGCGUAGGCCCUCUGACCGCGAGGUCAGCGAGCCAAUGGACUUCCAGUACCUGCCCUCAGACCCAGAUGAAUACAGGCUGAGUGAGAAGAGAAAGCGGACAGGGGACAUGUUCCAGAGCCUGAAGCUGGGGCCCAUGCUGUCUAGUGUGUCCAUUCCUCAAGAUAGACGACACAUAAGCCCGGCAAGGAGAACAAUCACAACCAAGCCUCCAUCAAUGAAUGCACAAGUUGCAGCUGUGGUGCCCCCUGGUGCCAGUGGAACAAAACCCCAGCCUUCCUACUCAUAUCAACCGGGCCAGCUCUUCUCAGUCCAGCCCAAGGUAGAGACCUCCCCCUCUAUCUCCGUGUCAAAUACCAACCAAACAUGGAGGAUCAUGGAGAGCCUGAACCUGGGCCCCCAGCCCAAAGCCACUCCAGUAUCCAAAUUUACAAUGAGCCAGGCACCACUCACCUGUUCCCCUACCACCAUUUCAACUGUGCACCAGGAAUACCCAACUGUCAACAUGUCAGACCUGCAUGAAUUCUUCCCACACAUUUCCCUGGCCCAGGAGCCGGCAGCUUCUCAAGGAAGCACGGCCUCCUCACAGACCAGCAGCUCCUAUACCCUCCUGGGCUCUCAGUUCCGGGUGGAGGCACCACUUGUGGACGAUGAUAUCCCAGAGUUCCCUAGCUUUUCCGAAGCCCAUGUCCCUGGUGUUCUGGACAGCCUAAACAUGGACGACUUUGAGGACCUUCUGAACCCCGCCCUCAUGAACGAGAGUGGACACGGCACCUCAGUGUUGCAGCAAGCUUCAUGCCAACAAGCUGGCAGUUGUUCUACUGCCGCCCACAGUGUAGCAUCCCAGAACAUUUCUGACACCGCCGGCAUCCCAGGAAGCACCUGGAUGAAUUACCCCAACAGCAUCGUCAGCUUGCUCCAGAAUGAGGGCAUGAUUGACAACAACAACCCCCGGGCCGUUGAGCUGGAUGAGUUCGACGAGUUGAUGUCUGCUGACGAGGAUCGUCUUAUUUCUAUUUUUAAUAAUGGAAGCCAAGUUGGGUUUGUGUCAGGACACCCGACUUAAAGUUUGUCCACAUGACAACGGACAUAUUUACAUAGACCACUUGUAUCUGCCCUUUUAACCUUCAGAACUAAAAGUCCUUUGUUAUAAAACACAAAAAAGGAAACAAGGUGGAUAUAAUGGGGCUUGUAAGAGAAUGAAUGUACCAAAACUGCUCACUAUGGACAUGUUUAUUGAAACACCAGCAAGAAUGAAAAUGGAAGUGGGUUUUCCCAGGCCUUAUAUACCAUUUGACCGACAAAUUAUAAAAAUAUGUACUUUUUUAGUAUCCAUCAUUAACUUUGUUUUACAAAGACAAUCCGAACAGAUGCUGAAGGCAUUUUUAUUUUCUGUGGAACAUGUUAAGCAUGUUUUUAUACUGUCAUUUUAAACAAUUAUAGAACUCUGGUCAGUGUUAAUGUGAUUAUAAACUGAAGUUUGCUAAGCAGUAGGUACUCUUAGUAGGAAUUUAUUCAUAUCUGGAGGUAAGUCUAUGCAAACAAUGUCCAUUGUUGUAAUUGAAUAUCCCCAUGUAUUAUUUUGGAAGUUAAUCGUUUUCUGAAGGUCCGCAGUAACUGACAACUUUCUUAUACUGGUGCCUUUGUUGGGUCUCAACAAAAUGUAGUAAUGUGUUACAAACCAAAUGAAGGUCUACAUAUAAAUAAUUAUCAAGCUACAUUAAUAAGUAUAUGCUUAUAGCAGAGAAGCUCAUAUUCAAGGAGCAGAAUCAGAUUCUGUUUUUGUGUCUGCUGAUAUCAUUUCCUCUUGUAUCCGUUUUUCUACAGUUUUAUGAAUAAUGGCUGCAGUUUAACUCAAAUGUUUCAGACCUGUAGGUCAACUUGCUUUACUCUGUAGUAAAAAUGCUUUGAGAUGAAGCAUUUAAUACUAGUAUGAUGUAAGCAGGUUCUACUAUAUGUGCCUUUUCGCUGUAAUGAAUAAUUCUGUCAAUUCCAAAACACUUUUUGGCAAUAAAAACCACAACAUAUUAA